AUGAAGUGGCCAAUUAAGCCAAAGGAGUUGGAACUUUUCUCAUUAGAAGAGCGUUUAAUUGCUUUACGUAUACCAUUUAUGCAAUUAAGAGAACUCCCAAGAGGUCGCCAGUUGUCAAUUAAAGGAAAUGUUGUAAAUGUACCUGUUGAUAUUCAACCUGUUGUAAAUGCAUUACCAAGACCUUUUGAUGAAAAUGUAACGGUACCAGUAAAAUUAAAGAAAAAAAUGUCUUUUAAGUCAUGUGCUUUCUCUGAAAAUGUUAGAUCCCACAAAGUACUUGUUGCUUUACAUUGGUUCACGAAAAACAGUGAUCUUUAUAAAAAUGCUAAUGUUGAAAUUGAUGAGCAUUGGAUCGAAAGCAUAACAGCAAACACUAAUGAGAUAUUGAAUGAAUUCUUGGAGUCGCAAGUGAAAAGUUUAAAGAAUACCAGAUAUGAAGACUUUGACUCUUGUAUGGCUGACCUUCUGGAGGAGUAUAAAAACGACCAAAAUUACAGCACUUCCUUGCGAUCCUGUUUUCAAACAUUAAUAAAUCAUGCAUCAAAUCUUGACGUCGAGGACUUUGAAAAUGUUUCUGGUGAAAUUCUUGACCAUUAUACAUGUGAAGAAAAAUCAAAAUAUCAGACUUCAGACAGUACAGGUAAUAGUGAAGAGCUGUAUGAUUCAGAUGCAGAAGAAGUCACACAGGAAAAUGUUGGAAAUAUUGACACUUUACUAGACGAUGCCAACCUUGAAAAUCGAAACAUGACAUUUACAUUUGUACCAGGGGAAGGUCAACAACCACUUAGCAUAUUUCAAGACAGCGAUUCAGAAUAUCUUUGUUUCCCAAGCAUAUUUUGUGGUAAAAGGCGUCUUCAAAACGAAGCAAGAAUUGUGCCAGUAAAUUAUAGUGAUAUUGCAAAGUGGGAAUUAAGAAGUCAAGACAGAAGGGCUGCUAAUUGUGUGCCAAAUAUUUUCUUCAAACUAAAAAAGAUACAAAUGAAGCAGCUGAAUGAUAAAGCCAACCUUGCUGUUAGAAGAUGUCAAACAGGUACAAGUAAAAUGACAGCAGCUCAAGUAGUAAACUCUGAAAACAUUGAUAAUAUUGUCAAAAAUGAUGAAGGUUACUAUUUAUUUAAACAACUUAGAAAUUCACCUGCUUAUUUGGAAUCUCGAAAGAAAGAUGUAUAUGCAAUGCUAAGACAGUUAGGUAUGCCAACAUGGUUCAUGUCAUUGUCUUCUGCUGACACUAGAUGGAUUGAUCUUUUGAAAAUGUUAGCUACUUUAAAUGAUAAGGUCAACUAUUCUGAUGAGCAAAUUGAAGGAAUUUCAUGGGAACAAAAGAUUAAACUUAUUCAGUCAGAUCCAGUCACUUGUUCUAGAUAUUUUGACCACAGAGUACAAGAGUUUAUUAAUACAGUUCUUAAGAGUGAGCACAAACCACUUGGAGAAAUUGCUGAUUAUUUUUACAGAGUUGAAUUUCAGCAGCGUGGGUCUCCACACAUUCACAUGAUUGUAUGGGUAAAGAAUGCACCAAAAUACAAUGUGGAUUCCAUUAAUGAUUUGAUCGCAUAUGUGGAUCAGUUUUUGACAUGUUCUAUCAAUAAUCCAGCUGUUGGUUCUCUUGUAGAAAUUCAAACUCACAAACAUUCUAGAACUUGUAGAAAAAGAAUAGAUAGAAUUUGUCGGUUUGGUUAUCCACUACCACCUCUUCCCAGGACUAUGAUUUUGAACCCUCUUGAAACUGACAGAGACAAGUACCAUAAAUUAUAUCAACAAUUACAGAAAAAAAUGAAUGAUGAGAAAGAUGGAUACAGUAUGUCAUAUGACAACUUUUUGACAAAUGUUGUACAAAUGAGUGAGGAAGAUUACAUCAAAUGUAUCAGAAGUUCAUUGAAUUCACCAAAGGUAUUUUUGAAACGUAAUCCAAGUGAAAUACGUGUGAAUUUAUAUAAUGAACAUGUGUUGAAAGGUUGGAGGGCAAAUGUAGACAUACAGUUUGUGCUAGAUCCUUAUGCCUGUGCAAUGUAUAUAGUGUCAUAUAUUAGUAAGUCUCAAAGAGGUAUGAGUAAUUUGUUACAUGCAGCUGCCAAAGAAGCAAGGAAUGGGAACUUGGAUAUCAAAAGACAAGUGAGACAUAUUGGAAAUGUGUUUUCAAAUAGCGUUGAAGUUAGUGCUCAAGAGGCAGUUUAUUUGGUCCUUCAAAUGCCCUUAACCAAAAGCACAAGAGAUGUCGUGUUUAUUAAUACAUCUACUCCAAAUGAAAGGGUGCAGUUAUUGAAACCUGUGUCCAUACUUGAAAAUUUGCCAGCUGAAUCAACAGAUAUAAUGUCAGACAAUGUUAUUAAAAGAUACUCAAAAAGGCCGAAAGUAUUGCAGCAUUAUUGUUUAGCAGAUUAUGUGUCACAGUUUGAAGUGAUUUAUCCAGAUGGAAAUGGAGACUCCAAUGAAAGAAAUGAUGAUGAAGAUAAUAUGGAAAUAACAGAUGAUGAGGAAUUAGAGGAAAUUGAAACAGUUUUAACUUUGAAAAGUGGAAUCAAAAUCAGACGUCGUCAAAACUCAAAAGAAAAACUUCUGUUAUUUCAUCCGUGGAGAAAUGAAUUAACUGAUUUGCUGCCAGCAAAUUUCAAUACAUACAAAGAACACUAUGAGUCAUUGAAAGAAACAGUUGAUCAGAAAUGCUCUUAUUAUGAACACCAUGCAGAAGAAUUAGAAAUUGCUAGAGAUUUGGCAGAAGCAGAGUAUGAUGCAUUUGAUGAAAUUGCUCCUGGAACUCAGCAAGUAGAAGCCGAAACUGCUGAAGAAGAAACUGUGGAGUCAGAAGCAUUUAUAUAUUUCAAUCCUGAUAGAGCAGUUGAGCACAGGGAAUAUGAUAUUGGUAUUGAAAUUGGAUGUUCUGUCAGUGCUCCACAGAUAGUUACAAUUGAAAAUGUUCUUUCUGAUGAAGACUAUAGAUCUUUAUUGCAAUCAUUAAACGUAAAGCAGAAACAAUUUUACAAUCAUGUGAUCCAUUGGGUGAAAACCAAAGAUGCACCUUUAUAUACAUUCCUCUCAGGUGGUGCAGGUGUUGGCAAAAGUGUAGUUAUUAAAGCAUUAUAUCAGUCCUUAUAUAGAAUACUUAAUCUUAAAGAAGGUGAGAAUCCUGAUGACAUAAGAGUUCUUUUAUGUGCAUACACUGGAAAAGCUGCAUUUAACAUCAAUGGUUCAACCAUUUCAUCAGCCUUCAAACAAAAAUACAAACAAGCAAAUCAAACAUUAACAUGUGAUGCUUUGAAUACUUUUAGAUCAAAGUAUAAGAACCUGUCAGUUGUGAUUAUUGAUGAAAUAUCAAUGGUAAGCAAUGGAAUGCUAAACUUCAUUAAUCAGAGACUGCAAGAAUUGAAAGGAACAAGAACACCAUUUGGUGGUGUAAGUAUAAUUGUUGUUGGAGACUUGUUCCAGUUGAAACCUGUGAGUGGUGAUUGGAUAUUUAAUGAUUUAACUCAUGAUGCAGCAGCUCUCUCAAUAAACCUGUGGAAAGAACACUUUUCAUUGUAUGAAUUGACAGUAAUUAUGAGACAAAAAGAUGAUUUGAAAUUUGCAGAACUUUUAAAUAGACUAAGAAGCAAUUGUUUGACAGAUAAUGACAAAACUGUUAUAAAACAGUGUGAAAUAAACACAGAUGCACCAGAUUACCAGAAGGACUCACCACAUUUGUUUGCAGAAAAUUAUUACAUGCAUAUAUUCAAUGAAAAAAUUAUUAAUAGUUUAAACACAGAGAAAGUUUUAAUACCAUGUCAUGAUUCUGUUGUUUUUCCAAAACUAUCAAACGAAAAACAGAAAGAAGCCAUACAGAGAUUGCCAACAGAUCCAAACAAAACAGCAAAUUUACAUUGUCAAUUACUUGUUGUUGUUGGAAUGAUUUAUGAUCUAAUAGUUAAUGUAGACACUGAAGAUGGAUUAGCUAAUGGAGCUUCUUGUAUUGUAAAACAUCUAGAAUACAAGCAAGUAGAGACAAAUCGACCAAGUGUAAUAUGGGUGCAGUUUGAUGAGGAUGUCAAAUAUGAUCACAGUCUAAUGUCAUCACAUAUAUUUGGUCUUGCUGAAACACGGUUGUGCUUUUCUGAUACUGAUGCUGAGUAUGAUAUAGAUGGCUUUCACCUGAUACGAAAUGAUCAGUCAUCACAGUCACCAACUCAAAGACCUUCACAUGGAAUAGCUGUAUAUGUCAGAAAUGAACUGAAUAUAUCUUCAUAUUGCUCGUUUAAUUCAGAAAAUUUUGAAUUCACAAUUGUGAAGAUUGUGCAGGGUAAUCAAGAAGUGCAGUUUGUCGUGUUAUACAAAUCUCCAAAUAUGUCUGACAGUAUCUUUCGCACAUUCUUGAGAGAUGAACUGUUACAAAGA